AAUUCAAAUAAAUACACAAAUAAUUGUUAUGCAUUGUCUGAUAUUUAAAAUUAUAACAAUAUUAUUAUUUUAAAAUUUAAUUGUUUUUAAAAAAAAAAUAAAACGUAAAGUAAUUUAAAUACAAAUCUAAUUAUAAAAUAUAUUUGUCCAAUUUUAUUUUUAAAAUAUAUAUAAUCUAAUAAUAAAUAUGUUUAGAAUUUUUUUUUUUUGAAUAUUUAAUUUUAAUUGGAAAUAAAAAAAUAAUUGCCGAGAUGUAUAAAUGCAAUAUUGACGGAAUUUAAUGAGUUUAAAAAAUAAAAAUAAAAAAAUUUUGUGCGACAUACGAGUGUGUGUCCUCGCACAAAUUUGAAAACCACUAGAAGAAUUUUAUGAAAACGACCUAAAAUGACGAUUUGAUUAUACGUUGCCAGGAAAUUUUAGCUCCGUUUAAAAACGAUGUUGCUCGACAGUUAUUCCCGCAUAUUGCCAAGUUGUGGCCAGGUCGUCGUUGCUUUUAAAUAAUUUACUUAAAUAUUAGAAUUAGUAGUAACUCUUAAUUUAAAAAAAAAAACAGUAAAAUGGAUGAGUUAGGAAAGGAUCAAAUUGUUUUGUUAAAAAAAGCUUUUGAUGCUUUUGAUCAAAGUAAAAAAGGGUGCAUUGGAACAGACAUGGUUGGAACAAUUUUAAAUAUGUUGGGUUAUGAGCAAACUGAAGAAACACUUGCUGAAAUUAUUGCUGAAGUUGAUGAAGAUGGAUCUGGUGAGCUGGAAUUUGAAGAAUUUUGUACACUUGCUGCUAGAUUUUUAGUUGAAGAAGAUACUGAAGCAAUGCAACAAGAACUUCGUGAAGCAUUUCGUCUUUAUGAUAAAGAGGGUAAUGGUUAUAUAACAACUGAUGUUUUUAAACAAAUUCUACAUGAAUUAGAUGAUAAAUUGACAAAUGAAGAACUUGAUUUAAUGAUUGAAGAAAUUGAUGCUGAUGGUUCUGGUACACUUGAUUUUGAUGAAUUUAUGGAAGUUAUGGCAGGUGGUGACUAAACCAGCUUUGAAUUAAAGAAAAAAAUUAUUUGUUAAUAAUCAAAGACAUAUAAAAAUGUAAAAAUUCAAGUUAUUGCGUCAAAAAAAGAAAAAAAAAAUUAUUGAGAAAACUUGAAUUGAUAAAUUUUUCGUCUUGUUUUUUUGUUUUUAUUUUUUUCCUCGUAUAACAAUAUCAUUGAGACUGAAAAUUCAAAUUCAUAAAAAAAUAUAUAAUUAUAAAAUUUUAUGAGAGCCUUGUUAAUGAUAAAAAUUAUAAUUUUUUUUUGUUUUUUUUUUCUCUCAGCAUUAUUUGAAUUAAAAAAAAAUAUAUAAAAUCAUUUUUAAAUAAUUUUUUUUUAAAAUUAGAAUGACAGUUGAAUUCAUUUGAUAUCUUGAUUGUAUCAAAUUUGUUCGACAAGGAUUUAAAUUCAAAUUGAUUGUAAUCAUUACAAGAUAAAAAAAAAAAAAAAAGACACUGAAGAUUGUAAUCAAAAUGACUUUCCAGUUACGAAAAAAUAAAAAAUAAAAUUACAUGUAAAUUGUCAAAGUUUAAUAAAUCAUUUUAAAAAAAUUACAAUUUAAAUUGCAUGAUAAUAUUUUUCUUAAUUACCAUUGAGAAAUACAUCGAUAAUUAGAUGAAAAUAUUUUCAAUAAAAUUAUACCAAGACUAUUGAUAAUUAUGAGAACAAGGAAAUGACUUCAUAUCGAUAUUAUCUCAAGAAUUUAAAAAAACUAAAACUCAUUAAAAAUCAAACAAAUAUUCUAUUGUAUUUUUCACAAAUAAUAAUAAUCAUUAUGAAAAUAAAAUUCACCUUAAAAGGUUCAUAAAGACAAUACUCACGGAAAUAAAUUAAUAAUACCAUAAAAAAAUUAAUUUUUCGUGAAAGUAUAAUAAUUAUUAUUAAUAAUACAAUACUUCGAACAAAAUAAAACAAUAAAAUUAUAUUGUCGUAUAUACAUAUUAAGAAAACAAGCAUGAAAUUCAAAAGUAUAAAAAAAAAAAAAACUAAAACGCAAAGACACGAGUAUAUUUAUUUAUUAAAUCAUCAUUACGAUGAUUAAAUUGAAAAAAUAAAAAACUUUCUAUCAAAGUAUAACCAUCACGAUAUAAAGUGCGAUUAAAUGUGAUACAUUGCAUAAUAAAAAUAGGCUGCAAUGUGUUUACAAAACCUUGAGUGAAAUUUAUUUAAUUUUACCAGUUUUUAAAAAAUGGGUCAAUAUUUUAUUUGCCAUUUAACGUAAUAUAUAAAUUUAAUAUUAAAAAAUAAUUAAAUUCAUAUAUAUAAUAAUUGAAAUUAUAUUUUCAAUUUAAUUUUACAGUAUUUAUCUGAUAAUUGAUAAAUUAUAGAUAAUUUUUGCGUGAUGUUUUAUUAUUUAAUAUUUUAUAAAUUUUCUUUUUUUUCAAUUGGGUGUGUACAUCAGCAAAAAAUAAAUAUUAAUUCUAAUCAAUUUUUAUUAUAUAUAUGAAAAUGUCCCAUGAGAGAUUACACAUUGAAUUCCUUUGGUUAAUUACAUAUCCGGAAUAUAUCUUGGGGACUUUCUCCGUCAAUUAGAUUAACUUGAAUUUCGUUAAUACGUGAAAUAAUAGUGUAAUCAUAAGCCCCGUAAUUUUUUUUUUCAUAUACUUGUAAUUUAACACGAAUUGGUGACAAAAUUAUAAUAACAUUUUUGUAAUAUUCACGAAAUUAGAGGAAGUGAAAAUUCAAUGGGGAAAUUUUGUGGCAAUUUGCAAUGACAACAAUUAUUUAUAAAUUUCAAAAUAAUUUAAAUGACACAUGUAAAUUAAAUUAACAUUUGUUUUUCAUUAUUUUUUAACGUCAUAAAAAUAGAUUGUAAUUGAAAAUAUUUAUGCCGAUAAAUUAGUAGAGUAUUUCAUUGGCGUAAUAUUUUUUUUUUUUUUGUAAACAAUACAUGCUUAUUGUUUAAAUAAUUGCUCGAUAUAAUUGCUAAUGUGUUCAUGUGAAAGCCAAACUACCUUGUAUUUUAUUUUUCAUUUUUAUAAUAUCCUUUAUCUAUUAAUUUGAUUUUAUAAACAUAAUAUUCUGAUAAUUUUCAUAAACGACAUUGAGAAGAAAAAAAGAAAAAAUUAAAUUUAUUGCAUCAUGAUGUUUAUUAAGAGACAUAAAAGAAAAGCAAAUAAUUACUAUUAGCUAAUAAUUUUUUUAACUGCAUAUGUAAAAUAAAAUAAAAAUCUCACGUGUAUUAUAAACUAAAAAAAAA